AAUUUCAAAUCACCAAGAAUUGACUACGCAGUGCAGAUAAUCUCCAUGAGCCCCCUACCCCCACUCCCAAAAACAAAACAAAGGAAAUGGAAAAGCAUUAUAAAUACAAGGGCAAAGAAUGAGGUAGCAGGCACCGCAAUAGGAGUGCAGACUGUGUAGCUAAGGUCGCGCCACCUGCACCAUGCAGCAUUCCAUCUUCUUCUUCCCAUGGCCACCCCUGGCUCUUGCGGGGCUCCUCCUCCUCCUCUUCCUGCACCGCCGAUGGCAGUGCAACCGCCGCCUGCCUCCCGGGUCCAUGGGCUGGCCUUACAUCGGAGAAACCCUCAAACUCUACACUCAACACCCCAACGCCUUCUUCUCCAUUCGCCGGAAAAGGUAUGGUAAUAUAUUCAAGAGUCACAUAUUGGGAUGUCCGUGCGUGAUGAUAUCGAGCCCAGAAGCAGCCAAAAUGGUAUUGGCGAGCAAAGCUCAUCUCUUCAAGCCCACCUACCCACAGAGUAAAGAGAGGAUGAUAGGACCGGCGGCGCUCUUCUUCCACCAAGGCCAUUACCACUCGCUGCUCAAGAGAAUGGUCGUCGCCUCAUUCUCUCCCACCGCCAUCCGCGGCUCCGUCGCCGCCGUCGAGACCAUCGCCCUCCGCCUUCUUUCCAACUGGGAACACGUCAUCCACCCCAUCUGCACCUUGCAAGAGAUGAAAAAGUAUGCUUUUGAGGUGGCGAUGAUGUCGGCGUUGGGCAGCGAGGCGGAGCCGUUAAAGGAAGGAAUUAGGUGUUUGUAUGGGAAAUUAGAGAAAGGGUACAACUCGAUGCCGUUGGAAAUUCCGGGAACUCCGUUUCACAAAGCCAUGAAGGCUCGGAAGGCGCUGGAUGAGAUGUUGAGGAAAAUAAUUGAGAAGAGAAGAGAAAAUUGUGGAGGGGGAUUGCUGGGGAAUAUGCUGAGACUUCAGAAGCAGAAGGAGGAAGAACUAAGUGAUUCUCAAAUAGCUGAUAACAUAAUUGGAGUCAUAUUUGCAGCUCAUGAUACCACAGCCAGUGUGCUGACGUGGCUGCUCAAGUAUUUGCACGAUAAUCCCAAUGUUCUCCAAGCUGUCGCGGCGGAGCAAGAAGGGAUUCGACGCAAACUACAAGUAGAGGAGGAGCGGGGGCUUACGUGGGACGACACUCGAGACAUGCCGCUCACUAUCAGGGUGAUACAAGAAACGCUUAGAAGUGCUAGCAUACUUUCAUUCACAUUCAGAGAGGCGGUUGAAGAUGUGGAGUUCCAAGGCUAUCUCAUUCCCAAAGGAUGGAAAGUUCUUCCUCUCUUCAGAACCAUCCAUCAUACUUCUGAUUUCUAUCCCAACCCAGAUAAAUUCGAUCCUUCUAGAUUUGAGGUAUCUCCUAGGCCAAAUACAUACAUGCCCUUCGGCAACGGACUGCAUUCUUGCCCCGGCAGUGAGCUUGCUAAGCUUGAGAUGCUCGUCCUACUCCACCACCUCAUUACAACGUAUAGAUGGAGAGUGAUCGGGGAGGAGGAUGCAAUACAAUAUGGACCUUUUCCAGUGCCUAAAGGAGGAUUGCCUAUUCGGGUCACUCGUCGGAGAAAAAACUCUAUCUUCUCAUCAAUUAAUCAAUAUAAUAAAAAUUAAAUGGUCGAAAAAGAAAAAGAAAUCGUGGAAACUAUUUAAAUAGCGGGGCCGGGAAAAAAAAGUGGGGACAAAAUGUCUCCCAUACGUAUUCCUUCAUCAAGAUCACAUCAUGUUUUUGUUAUUUUCUUUGUGAUUUGUAAUUAUUCGUACUUGUAUAUAUGAAAAAUAUUUUUUUUCUAGUUUA